AGUGAGGAGGAGGAAGAGGAUGAAGAGAAGAAGCCCCAGCUAGAGCUGGCCAUGAUCCCCCACUAUGGAGCCAUUAACCGAGUGCGGGUAGCUUGGCUCGGGGAGACCCCUGUGGCAGGAGUGUGGUCUGAGAAAGGCCAGGUGGAGGUGUUUUCCCUCCGGAGGCCUCUGGAGGCUGUGGACGACCCCCAGGUCCUGGCCGCGUUCUUGCGGGAGGAGCAGGCCCAGAUCCGACCCCUGUUCGCCUUUGGUGGCCACAUGGCUGAGGGCUUUGCCCUGGACUGGUCCCCCCGGGUGCCUGGACGCCUGCUGACUGGCGACUGUCAAAAGAACAUUCAUCUCUGGACCCCGACCAGUGGGGGCUCCUGGCACGUCGACCAGCGGCCAUUCGCCGCCCAUUCCCGCUCUGUGGAGGAUCUGCAGUGGUCACCCACUGAGGACACGGUGUUCGCGUCAUGCUCGGCCGACGCCUCCAUCCGAAUAUGGGACAUCCGGGCGGCCCCGAGCCGGGCUUGCAUGCUCACGGCCGGGGCUGCCCACGACGCAGACGUCAACGUCAUCAGCUGGAGCCGCCGGGAGACGUCCUUCCUGCUCAGCGGAGGGGACGACGGGGCCCUCAAGGUCUGGGAUCUCCGGCAGUUCUCGACUGGCUCCCCAGUGGCCACCUUCAAGCAGCACGUGGCACCCGUGACCUCCGUGGAGUGGCACCCCCAGGAUGGCGGGGUCUUUGCCGCAGCGGGGGCGGAUGACCAGCUCACCCAAUGGGAUCUGGCGGUGGAGCGGGACCCCGAAACAGAGAGCGCGGAGGCCGACGGAGACCCCCUGGUGGCCGAGCUCCCCCAGCAGCUGCUUUUCGUUCACCAAGGGGAGACGGACAUCAAAGAGCUACAUUGGCACCCCCAGUGUCCUGGCGUCCUCAUCAGCACAGCCUUGUCCGGCUUCACCGUCUUCCGCACCAUCAGCGUUUGACCCGUGACCUCCCCGGCCCAGCCCCCACAGGGAGCCGGACUUGUCCCCUGCCCUGCCCGUGUGCCUUAAGAAUGGGGGAUGGAUUUAGUGUGGUGCCCCAGGGGCCUUCACGAAGGGACCCGUUGCUGCCCCCUCCCCGGCGCACUCAGACGGAUGUCGUCUUCCCGAGGACUCGAGCAGCCGAGGGAGGAGGCCGCUUUGCUGGGGCGGAGGUGGGGGGGGUAGAGGGGGGUGCGGUCAAUAAAGGAGAGAGAUGGAGACUCGGUCUGAGAUGCCUCUGGCUCUGCCCCCAUCAGCCCGGGGGCUCCCCAAUCCCACAGGCCCUCCCUGGCCGGUCUCUUCUGUUCUCUCGCUCACUCCCUGUCUGUCUGGCUUCACGGGUCGCCGCUCCUGUGCCAGGCCUCUGGCCUCUCCUCUUCCCAUCUGGGGGGAUGCUCUACCCCCUCCCCCGUCUCAGUGGCCCCCUCUUCCCCAGCCUCCCUGGGCUCCCGUCCGGCCCUCGUACCUCUUUCCAACUUUGUCUGGAGCCUGGGCUCAGGGCCAGCUCCCGCCUCCCCUCCCCCUGGCCCGGCUCCCCCUCUGCGGCUCCCUGAGCUGGCCCCGCCUCCCCUCCUAAGGCGGCUGAUCCCUGCCCAGAACCACUGAGGGCCGCCGGCUGGACACUCCCC